AUGCUUGCCGCCGUCUUUGAGCGCAGGCUCGCAGCAUCAGUCCCUGCUGCCAGGAGAAUGGCACUGGGAGCCCGCUACUACACUGCCGAGUCCGAAUCGGGUCCGUCCACGCAUGCCGAGACGUCUACGGCGCCGUCGACCUCGUCCGAGUCGCCUGACACGCCCUCUUCCUCCACCCCCUCGUCGUCCUCAUCCACUUCGGGCCCCUCCGACUCAUCGUCCCUUCUGAGCAAUUGGGACGACAAUAAUGACAAGGCCUCGGUUGAAGCAGCUUUUGACAAGCUGUUUGACGCGAGCGAUGCCGUCAAGCCCACGCCCCGCAAGAGCUACUUUGACGGCCUGAACGACUUUGACGACGACCAGCCUGCCCGUCCCUCAUCCUACAAGCGGGAACCGACUCCUCAAGUCGUCAAUUCGUUGUGGGACCGUGUCAUCAAGACACCUUCGGCCAUCAUGCACGCGUCGCCCAUGACGGCCAAGAAGCUUGAACCCCUGCUCGCGCGUUCCACCCCGUCCCCACAGCGUAACCUGCGCGGCACGCGUGUCAACGUGCACCGUAGCAAGGGCCAGACGCCGUCCGAGGCCGCAAUGAUGAGCGAAUCGCUCCUCAACAUCUUCAGCCACCUGCAGGACCGCACUCUCCACGGCGCCAAGCCAUCGCGUAUCGAGGAGAUGUUGCUGGGUCAGGCAAGGCCGGCGACCGCCAACCGUCGUGCAGCAGACGACAAGCCCGACACUCUCCGCGCCGUGGACGCUCUCAAGGAGGAGCUUUCCAUGCUCCUGACCACGCCCGAGGUCCUUGCGUUUGCCAAGGAGAAGCUCUUCUCUCACGGCGCAGGCGGGGCGGCCGUCGACUUUGGCAUUCCAAAGACGUAUCCGUACAUGGUUGCCGAGGUGAUGCGCCACCUGCGUAUCCAGCUCAACAACCCACACCUCGCCCUCGCCGUGUUUGAGCACGCGCGCACACUCUCCCCGCAGUCGUACCUCCAGGGAUGCCAGACCAAGGCCUACAACGAAAUCCUCGCCACGCGGUGGGACUCGUUCCGCGACCUGCGCGGUGUGGCUGACGCCAUCCGCGAGAUGGAGGCCAUGAUCAUCCACUGGGACCGCGACACGCAGCGCAUUGUCGACCAUGUCAUCAGCACAGUCGGCAACGACCUGCAGCAAGGGUCGGCCGCCCAGCGUUGGGGCAGUGACGUCAACGUCAUCCUCUCCGGCCUCGAGCACCACUUUGAAAAGGACACGCAGAAGCAGGACGUGUUCCAUGACCGCAGGGUGGCGGUCAAGCGCUUCGAGCGCCAGGAGGCCAGGCAGCAGUUCCACGCAGCAGAGACCGGUCGCUCAGGCCCUCGCGGUCCUGGCAACGGAUAUGGCGGCAACGGUGGCCGCGACUAUGGCCAUGACGGCGAGCGCAGGAACGCUGGCAACUAUAGCAACUUCAACUUUUAG